AUGCAAACGGCCAAUGAUCCCUUUUCCGCCGCUCAAACCCUCAAGAACGAUCCCCAUCCCUCUAAAAAUAUGACAACCCGCUUCAAGAAGAACCGCAAGAAGAGAGGGCACGUUAGUGCAGGCCAUGGGCGAAUUGGCAAGCACAGGAAGCACCCGGGAGGUCGUGGUAAUGCCGGAGGUAUGCACCACCACAGGAUUCUCUUCGACAAAUACCAUCCCGGUUACUUUGGUAAAGUCGGCAUGCGUUAUUUCCACAAGCUCCGCAACAAGUUCUACUGUCCCAUCGUCAACAUCGACAAGCUCUGGUCCAUGGUCCCCCAAGAUGUUAAAGACAAGGCUACCAAGGAUACUGUACCCAUGAUUGAUGUCACUCAGUUCGGUUACUUUAAGAUUCUUGGGAAGGGUGUUUUGCCAGAGAAGCAACCAAUUGUUGUCAAGGCCAAGCUUGUGUCCAAGAUUGCUGAAAAGAAAAUUAAAGAGGCUGGUGGAGCUGUUGUGCUUACCGCCUAG